UGACUUUUUAAAUGUAACUUUAAAACAUGGAUUAAUUGAUUUUAAGUGGCGGGCUUCCGUAAUUUGAUGGAGGUAAAAAAAAAAAAUCACUAUUAUGUUUGCAGUUUAUUACAAGUAUGUGAUAAAGUAAUUCAAAUAACUUUUGUUAAUCUGACUACAUUUGAAAAAAAUAUGUAUGUUAUUUUCAAAUUUUAGAAGGAAACCUGCAGUGCUUCUACACAUUCAAAGGUUAUAAAUAGUUCUUCCAAAACUUCUAAGUGGCAAAAUGAAUUGUUCCAGGGAAGGUACGAACGCUUUAGGGGUAUAUACUGGAAAAAAAAGUUAACUCCAAACUUUUCUUUUCUUCUUGCACCAUAAUGUGCAUUUGGAAAUAAAAGGAAAAUUCUGGGUGUUGUUUUGCAUAAAAACUGAUAUAGCUCAGAUUUGCCACUUGUGACAUAUCCACCUAGAGAAGACCGAAAGACUCUUGUCUGAUAACCCAUGCAAGUCUAUUCUUGCAUUUCGGAGGUCGUGAUCCGACUUGCAGUCUUUUUAAAUGCUGACAACCCAACAUUGACUGAAGUGUAUAUGUAUAAAUAAAAAGCUCUGGUCAUUCUUCUGUUUGGAUAAAACAAACCAGAAGACACAAAGAUUAGUGCAACAAAUUUUAAAUGAAGGCAUCCACAUUUAUUCAAAAAAAAUUUCAUUUUAUACAGAGAGAGUACAAAUGUUACUAUAUCAAAAUAUAUUAAUGUUUCAGUAUAAAGUGGUAAUAACCAGGAUUUUCGACUGUCCUUAAAAGCAGCAGCGGCCCAGACGUGGCUGUGGUACAGCUGCUGCGUUCAAGUGACGCAGUGUCCCGUCUGGAGGCAGGACAGCCAGGGGAGGGCGAAGUUUCACUCUCUGCAUUGCAGCCCGAGCGCUGGCUGCCGCCGGAACACAACAAUGGCGACUCCCAGUCCGAACGGCAACUCCACGGGCUCCGGCAAUAUUCUGGGAGCCACGUCGCAUCACCUUCACCAACAGACACAGAGCAGCAGCAUGCAAGAAACCAACACCUGCUGGAGAUGUCAAAAUGAAACAGGGUUUCAGAUAAGCCUGUCCGGAGUGCCCCAAAGCAAACGUAAAGCUCUAAAGUUAAAUUUCGCCAACUCUCCAGUGAAGCCGACCUCCAGGCUCCCGCUUCAUCCCACGGCUCCAUCGUUCCAGAACCCCCACAUAGAGCGCCUGCGGACACACAGCAUCGAGUCGUCCGGGAAGCUGAAGAUCUCCCCGGAGCAGCACUGCGACUUCACCGCGGAGGACCUGAGAGACCUCGGGGAGAUCGGCCGCGGCGCCUACGGCUCAGUCAACAAGAUGGUCCAUAAACCGACGGGCCAGAUCAUGGCAGUCAAGAGGAUUCGCUCCACUGUGGACGAGAAGGAGCAGAAGCAGCUGCUGAUGGACCUGGACGUGGUGAUGAGGAGUAGCGACUGUGCCUACAUUGUCCAGUUCUACGGCGCCCUCUUCAGAGAGGGGGACUGUUGGAUAUGCAUGGAGCUCAUGUCUACCUCAUUAGACAAAUUCUACAAAUAUGUAUAUUGCGUAUUAGAUGAUGUCAUUCCAGAGGAAAUAUUAGGCAAAAUCACAUUAGCUACCGUUAAAGCACUGAAUCACUUAAAAGAAAACUUGAAAAUAAUUCACAGAGACAUCAAGCCUUCCAACAUUCUAAUGGACAGAAGGGGAAAUAUCAAACUGUGUGACUUCGGCAUCAGCGGCCAGCUGGUGGAUUCCAUAGCCAAGACUAGAGACGCAGGCUGCAGGCCUUACAUGGCACCUGAAAGGAUAGACCCCAGUGCUUCCAGACAGGGCUACGACGUCCGCUCCGACGUUUGGAGCUUGGGAAUCACCUUGUAUGAGUUAGCCACAGGAAGAUUCCCGUACCCCAAGUGGAAUAGUGUUUUUGAUCAGCUCACACAAGUGGUAAAAGGAGAGCCUCCACAGCUCAGCAACUCGGAGGAGAGGCAGUUCUCCCCGAAGUUCAUCAACUUCGUUAACCUAUGCCUUACAAAAGACGAGUCAAAGAGGCCAAAGUACAGGGAGCUUCUGAAACACCCGUUUAUUCUGAUGUACGAGGAGCGCUUCGUGGACGUGGCCAGCUACGUGUGUCGCAUCCUGGAUCAGAUCCCCGCCUCGCCCGUCUCCCCUAUGUACGUCGACUAAUGCCAAGAAGAGCGUUCCUGUUGGUGGAGGAGGGAAGGGUCCCUUAACGUCCAGAGUGGGGCGGUACACUAAGCUUUGACGCUUGUCAACUUAGCCUUCAGUUAUGUAAGAUCACCUGUUUGUUCACAUGUUCCAAAGAACAAAGGAAUUAAAUCCAAACUUCCCAGUGCAAGGAGAUGAAAAUCCCCCCCCAAAAAAAGAAGAAACAUUUUCCAGUCAUUUUAAGAUCGCAAAAUAAUCUCUUCCACGUUAAAGCAGAGACACUUGAAGCAGCUUCUUUGUCUUAGUAAAGCGCAAUGCAUCUUUUUAUGUGGCACAAAGAAUAGAGUAUACAUACAUACAACUUGAUCUACCAAAUGAAAUUGUGUGGAGCUUAUGAUGUAUGAACAAAACAGCAGAUUGUACGUUGUAUGCAUAUUGUCUUCGCCUAAAGUAUCGACUUGUAUGGGUUAUUGCUGAUACACCUACUGUCUAAAAAAAUCACACACUUUCACACGUUUUGCUGUGAGCACCUUCACACACAGUCAAUGAAUGGCUAUGCAAAUGUUUCUUUUCAGAAAGCUUAUGGUAGCGUGGCUUUACUUUUUUUUUUUUUUUUUCCCAAUAUGCAAUCUGUGACGGCUUGUCUUAAAUGGUUUAUCUUCUUACACCUACUGCAGUGCUGGGCUCAGUGUGUGAGCUUUGACCUCUUUGUUUAAGUCACUUAACUAGGUGUGUACUAUUCCAGAAGAACAUUUUCAGUUGGGUAUUGAUGCUAAACGCCCAAAACAAAGGGCACACAGUAAGGUAAGCUGUUAGUUGAUGGGAGAGACAAGGAAAAAACACUUUACCAAAAAGAGAAGGAGUUUAUUAUAAAAGACUUGUAUGAAAGAUAAACUCAGCUAAUAUUGAAAUUAGUAGCUUUCUGCGAUGUUAAUCCUUUCACAUGUUGCUAAAUCCUAUUUCUCCAUAAACUUUUUGUAAAGGCAAGCGCCCAACAGUUGACGCAUGAUUUAAGUUUUAGGUUUGUUACAUGUAAAGCUGUUAAUCUCUGGAUCUUAAAUAUGUGACCCGUAGUUGUAACUUUUUAUCCAAAGAAACUUGCAAAGCAUUGAAAACCAAACAUUUAACCAAAUAACUUAAAAAAUACAAAACAAACCAAAGUUUUAUUUGCUACUUGUACAUUGACAUGGAAUAUAUACAUUCAUAAUUUAAACCUACCAAAAGUUUUUAGCUUACCAGUGUUAUAUAAAUUCCUUUUUUAACAGAUUUACUUUUGUCUGGCUAUCAUAAAUACCAUAAGUUACCGUUGGUUUAGACAUACUUGCGUCGUAGCCAAGUACCAGAUAAAGAAGAAAUUAUGUUUACAGUUUUUAUAUAAAUGUAGUACAAAUGAAAAUAAUCCAUACUAAUAGUGCUAGGCUGCUUGUUAGACAGCUAACAUCAAUGAAUUACUCUUUUCAGCAUUAUAGAACUACUUUAACAAAGACUUUUAUACAUAUUAGUUUGGCCCUUUGAAAUGAAGCUUACUAAAAAUUUCAAAAUAAAAGCCUUGACCAUUUUGACAUUAUGUAAUUGCCUUUUUUGGCUUUAUGUCACUGGUUUAUCCACAGCACUGUUACACAUUGAAUUAGCGUGGCUAGUUAAGAUGAAGCUUACCGAAAAUUUCAAAAAUAAAAGCCUCAAUACCACCCUUAAGUUAGUGCACUGCUGCAGGUGGUGCAAUAAUAUGAUUCUGAAUUAACAUUUUUUCUGAGAUUAGGUAACUGCCUUGCCCAGCAAGGCAGUUCAUUAGCAUUAGCCUUUUAGCUUAAAUAAGCUAUUAGCUAUUUUUCUGACUUAUUACCCAUGUUUAGUAGCCUGAAUGGAGUACGUGAAUUACAGACAACAUGCUGGUGAUGCCUCACAUGCUACUGACAGCAUUUAGGCUUACGUUAGCAUUUUGGCUAAUUUUAGCUGAUACGCUAAUUUUAACACGCUGAAUGGUGCAAGUCCGUGUCAGUCGACAUUCUUGUUAUUCUCCUCAUGCCCUUGAUCACAUUGCAGCUUUCUUUGGCGUCGAUGCUAAUUUUCAGCAUCAGAACGCCGGGUCCAAACCGACGGGCGUGCUUUGGCAGGCCCCGUUUAAAUUUCUUCAGAAAUUUUCUAGUUCUGUGACUAAAACAAUAAGGCAACACACACAGAGAAUCAAACCUGAAGUUAAUCCAAUGCUACAUUGCCUGAUGUAAAGUUACUUUCGGAUGUUUUCAAUAAUGUAAAUAGAUAUGUAUAUAGCCAUCCUCACCUGCUGUUCUUGGCAGGUUCUGCUCAGAUCUUCUAAGGCUCGUUCCUAAAACAUGGUGAUCAUGUCAGACAGGAGAGGAGAUGUGGCUUCGUUCUGAGAAAUGUUACCAUAAAGACUGUUUUUUUCCUUUUUUGUUUGUUUUUUCUCCUCAACAGCCUGUCUAAGCACUGUACAGUCAAACUCUCCCAUAAUGAUCACAGAUCCUCCGUGCUGCCACACACAGGCAUGCAGUAGUAACUACAGCUCUACAUGUUCUGACAGUUUCUGUCAAAUAAACAACGGUAAAAUGCUGCUAAUCACAUGCUACCAACUUCCAUACCACAACUGUCGAGAGGAGAAAAGACUCUCCUCGCUUUGUCUUCCACCCUUUGACCCCCUCAGGUCACCCUGGAGCCUGCAUGUCCUCCAGUGAUUCAGCAUGCGUCUGGGCUGAACCAGUUAUGCCAUUUCCUCACCUAUCAAUUUGUCUGACCCAAACGUGUCAUAGCGUCCUAGAACAGGUCCGACUACGAAGACCCGAGAGGAGCAGUUGAGUUUGUUGAGGAGGUAGCUUCUCAACAAAACACUUAAUGCAACACUAUAGUCAUCCAUCAUCCAAUAAAUUUAAAUGUGCAGGAAAAUAUAUGAUAAGUAAUAAUAAAAUUCUCAUUGUGUCAAAUCUAGAGUGAAAUUCACUGGUUUUAUCACCAAAUCAGAUACUGAUUUAGUGAUAUUGUAAUACUGCAGUUUCUGAAAAGCAAAUGGAUGCUGCCAUUGUGGCUCAAAUCCAAAAGGAAGUGGUAUUCUUGAUGAGGUUAAUUUAUUAUUUUUGGCAGUUUGUUCUAAUCUGAGUCGCAUCUGUUUUUUGUUGUUUUUUUUCCUGUGGCGUUGAGCCAAAAGAAAUGUUUCAAAUACUUUAAUGGUGCUUUAGUUGUAAGAAUGUAGAGGAUAAAACCAUACCAGCACCCUCACCCUUUAUGACAUUAGAAAUGGCCUGUAUGCUCAGUUAAAUGGUUGUACAAUUCAACCAUAGCAGUUUACAAGAUUAGAUAAAUAGUAUUAGUCUGCUGGAGUAUUACUGGUAUUGUUACGUUUGGGAUAGUCAAUGAAAAUGCAUAUGUUUGGUUUAUUAUGGGUCUCUACAGCCAUUAGCUGUGCCAUGCCUCCCAUUGUGUGGAUGUACAUCGGGUCAUUUUGUUAGGAACAGUGAACGGUCAUAUAUAUAUAUAUUUUUUCACCUUUUCGGGAAAUUACAACCACCAGAUUAAAUUCUGUCAUAAGGAGUUCUUGUCAGGCCUGUACUUUUCGUCUUCUUCCGUAACGUCAGUAGAUGGCGCCGUCUUCCCUGCGGAUCUGCAGGGUUUAUUAUGCGUUUCCAGGAAGUUCACUUGCCACUGGUGAAUAUGAGUCUCCAGGGUACAUGUUGUACAAACUGCAAUUUAUCAGAAUGUUCAUAUUAGAAUGUAAGAUGAUAUUACGGGCAAUGAAUAUUAUAAUGUAUGUUUAUUGAGGGUUACAAUAAAAGUUUCCCAUGAAAAAGA